GUAGCCAUUGGAAGCACUGUUAUUGUCUACGUUGAGGAUAGCAUUAGUUGGGAGCUUGGAUUUGGGAUAUGUUUAACUGUAACUGCUCUGGCUGUGCUUUCUUUUCUUCUAGGAAUUAAGUAUUAUCAUAUAUCAAGGCCGAAAAGGAGUCCGUUUAUGAUGAUGGCACGAGUUGUCGUUGCUAGGGUUAGGAAAAGGAAGCUUGCAUUGCCGGAGGAGGAGGCGGCCUAUUACCGUGGGUUAUUCGAGAAAACUGAUCAACCACCUUUUUCAAGUUUUAGUUGCAUGAACCGAGCUGCGUUGAUACAACAAGGGGACGUAGCCAUAGACGGCAGCAUAGCCCGGCCAUGGAGCUUGUGCUCUGUUGAAGAUGUAAAUGAUCUAAAAACCCCGAUCCGCAUUGUCCCUCUCUGGACCUCCAAUGUCUUCCUCAGCAUCUCCAUCGCCACCCAAGCCAGCCUCUCCGUCCUCCAAGCCUUAACCAUGGACCGUUCCCUUGGCUCCCAUUUCUCCGUCCCUGCCGGCUCCUUCUCCAUCGCCACCUUGCUUGCCAUUUGCCUAACGCUCUUCAUUCUUGACCGUGGCAUCUAUCCUCUCUGCCACCGUCUCACCUCCUAUACUCCCACACCUCUCCAACGCGUCGGCAUUGGCCAAGCUUUCAACAUCGCCGCCAUGGUUGCUUCCGCUCUCGUCGAGCACAGGCGUUCAAUAAUUGUUCAUGAACACCAAGCUGAAAACCAACCUGACUGGAUUGUGCCGAUGUCAGCAUUCUGGCUUGUGUUGCCUUAUGUGUUCGUUGGCAUCGGUGAAGCCUUUCAUUUUCCUGGACAGAUAGCAUUUUACUACCAGGAGUUCCCUAAAUCUUUGAAAAGCAUGGCCACUGGUAUUGUUGCAGUGCUUAUGUCCAUUGGGUUUUAUUUAAGCACAGCUGUGCUGGCGGUGGUCCGGCGAGCUACCAGUUGGCUUCCGGAUAACUUAAACUCAUCUAGAUUAGAGAAUGUUUAUUGGAUGCUGACGUUGGUGGCGAGUAUCAACUUUUAUUACUUUAUUAUAUGUGCAAAGUUUUAUAAGAAGCAGAGUGGCAGGCAUGUAAUUGGUGCUGUAAAUUCUUAAGUA